CGAUAGAUCUGGAUGCGCAAGAGUGAGAGGAGAGGAGAGCUCGGCCUCUUUUCUACGGACACUUCGGCGUCGCCCACGCACACGUUUGAGCGCGGAGGAGUGAGACGUUUCCUAAAAGUUGUUUUUCCCAUUGCUGCGUGUUUUCAGGCGGUUUGGUGUCCGCUCCUCUGGGUCUGAGGAUGCGCUCUCAGAUGUACCUUCUGCUGCGUGAGUGGGUCGCAAAGAAGCGGACUGAGGUAAGCGCGCGCUCAUUUUCCCUGUAACGCGCACAGGCAGGCAGCAGAGCUGGGAGAGAAGGACGCACAGCUCAGACUCACACAGGCAUCUGAGGCUGGCUGCCGGAGCAUGGUGCCGGAGAGCCCAGGGCUCCAGUUUAGUCCAAGUUUUUGGAUCUCAGCAGGACGCAGGGAGGCAGGUCCGCGGGGACCUGGGAGGACACAUGGACAUCGGAGGGACACCAGCGCUCUGAGAUCAGCCAAGACAGACCCGACCAUGCUUUGGAUCACCUUUUUACCGUUUUUGUUGCCGUGCUUGGCCGCCAACAGGACGUCGGACCCCGUGCCAUUCUUUCACGGACAUGUCUUUGAGAACUCGUCUCCGGGCUCGCGGGUCAACGGGCUCAGCGUCCCGCUGAAGCGGUUGAACUCUCUCCGGCUGUGCGGCACCGGGGAGCCCGGCUCACCCGCGCCGCGCUUCAAACUUCUGGGAGAUGGAAGCGAGGACUUCCGAGUGUUUGCGCACCACAAGCGGGGAACCGUCCUGCUGAGGACCAGCCAGACUUUGGACCGAGAGGAGCGGGCUGAGUACGCACUGAGCCUUGCCUGCUGCUGCGGACAGGACGCUCCGGAUCUGGUGGCGUCCAUCAAGGUGGACGUUCUGGACACCAACGACCACCAGCCCGUCUUCCCCAGCGCGGAUGUGAAGCUGGACCUGGAUGAUGCCACUGCGCUGCGCGCGGCCAUCUAUUCGUUCAGCGCGCAGGACGCAGACAGCGGGAAGAACGCGGAGCUCUACUACUUCACUGUGCCCAAAAACGGAAGUUUUUACGCGGUGCCCAAAACGGGCGACAUCCUGCUGGUGGACUCCAUCCUGGGUCUGGAACAGCCCAUUAAGUUCCAGGUGUUCGCGCGGGACCGCGGCUGGCCGCCGCGCACGAGCCAAAGUGUCUCCGUGGAAAUAAACCCACGACAGUGGCCUGUCGCGGACGCGGCCGGUCCCAAACUGAAGCAGCCAGUUCAAGCGCGGAGAUCCAGAUCGGUCCCGGAACCAGAAACCCCGAUUUUCAUUAGCGUGUCUGAGGACGCGGGGAUCGGCUCGGUCGUGGUGAACCUGAACCCAGUCAGGUUUGGCUCCGCCACCUUCGAGCUGCUGGAGCCGGAGGUGGAGAGCUGCCCGAUCAGCGUGAACAGAGACAGCGGGGAUGUGGUCAUUAUGCGGCGGCUGGACCGGGAGACGGAACCGCUGCUGGAGAUCACGGUCCGGGUUCAGGACCGGAGAGGUCCAGAGUGGUACCUGGUUCGAGUGGAAUUGACUGUGACGGAUGUAAACGACAACAUCCCACAAUGGACCAUGCUUCCUGCUCCCUACCUCGCAGUCGUUUCCCCAGAUGCCCCGGCAGGUUCACUGGUGUACAAACUCCAAGCUCAGGAUGGAGAUGAAGGCCUUAAUGGUGAAGUUGAAUACUUCCUUUCUGAUGGCGGUGACGGUCGAUUCGAAGUGGACAGGAAGACUGGCCAGAUACGAACGACGGGGCUGCCUCUGCAGCGUGACAGGGAGUACCUGCUGACGGUGGCAGCUGCCGACGGGCUGGGCAGCCGCAGCGCUCCUGCCAUCAUAUCAGUGGUUGCUGGAGCGCGGCCUCCACAGUUUACUAAUGCCUCCUUCACCAUCGAGAUACCAGAAAACACUCCUGAGGGACAACCAUUCCUAGUGACACCUGCUGUGUCCUUCCAAAACAAACCAAUCAGCUACAGCCUCCUGAUCAAUCCCAGCAGCCUCUUCACCAUCUCAGCAGAGACGGGUGAAAUCAGCCUGACCCGCAGUAUCGAUUAUGAGAGUGACCAACAUCGUUACUUGCUCCUGGUGCGGGCCAGCGAGGGCCAGAACAGCAUGAGCAGCGCAGCAGAGGUACGAGUUGUUAUUGUUGAUGAGAAUGACUGCGUUCCAGAAUUCCUGCAGUCAAUCUACAGCACGGAUGGUGUACCAGAGACGGUCACAACAGCCACCUCCUUGUUGCAAGUGUCUGCCAAUGAUUGCGACUCAGGAGCCAAUGCGGAUUUGACCUAUUACACCCUAAGUCCAGACUUCAUCAUUUCCCCUCAUGGGACCGUGUUCCCAGCAGGGCCUCUGGACUACGAAAGACCGAAUCACCUGUACGAGUUUGUUGUCAUGGCAGUUGACAAGGGAGAGGCCCCUCGCACAGGGACAACGACAGUACGGAUUAGAAUGGCCAACAUCAACGAUGAGGCACCUGAGUUUUCCCAACACAUAUAUCGGACCUUUGUCUCAGAAGAUGCAGGACCUAACACACUUGUUGCAACUGUGUUGGCAAAGGAUCCCGACGGGGAUGGGAUCACGUACAAGAUUACCACAGGAAACGAUGAAGGCAACUUUGUCAUCGACAGUCAGAAAGGUCUGAUCCGGCUGCGCUCCAGUCCGCCGCCUCGCCUGCAGGGGGUGGAAUACGUCCUUAACAUUACAGCCACCGAUGACAACGCCUCAGGUGGGCCUCAGCCGCUAUCCACCACAGCGCAGGUUAUAGUAGGAGUGGACGACGUCAACAACAACAAGCCGGUCUUUGAAAAGUGUCAGGAGUACCGUGAGAGCACGUCUGUGCUGGAGAACCAACCAGCGGGGACCUUUGUCCUCCAGGUCCAUGCUGUGGAUGCAGACGAAGGCUCCAAUGGCAGGGUCACCUACGGCUUCAUGCAUAAAGACUCUACGGUUCCUGCGUUCAGCAUCCACCCUGAUACUGGUGUAAUCGUGACUGCCAGAAAAUUUGACCGUGAGCGCCAGCGUGAAUACGCAGUGACGGUGACGGCUACCGACCAGGCAGCCGACCCACUGAUUGGCAUCUGUCAGCUCAAUAUUCUCAUCCUGGACCAGAACGACAACAGCCCGAAGUUUGAGAACCUACGAUAUGAAUACUUCCUCCGUGAGGACACCAUGAUCGGGAACAGCUUCCUGCGGGUGGCGGCUCAUGACGAUGACUUCGGUACCAAUGCAGCAAUCACGUAUAGCAUGUCUGGGGAGCCGCCGGAAUACCUCCGGGUCAGUCCGCUGACAGGCUGGGUCUACGUAAACCAGCCUAUCUCACAGAGGACAUACAUCACCAGGGAGAUUGUAGCAACAGACGGAGGAAACAGGAGCAGUUCAGUGGAGCUGGCCGUCACCAUCACCAACGUGAAGAACCAGCCGCCACAGUGGGAAAACGAUACCUACAGAGUGGUCAUCCCAGAAAACACUGUUCGAGACACGGCCAUCGUGAAGAUCAAAGCCACGUCUCCUCUGGGAGAUCCACGGGUCACCUAUAACCUGGAGGAUGGGAUGGUCCCAGAGACUAACAUGCCUGUUCGCUUCUACCUGACUCCCAAUCGCGAGGAUGGCUCCGCCUCCAUCUUGGUUGCCGAACCGCUUGACUAUGAAACCACCAGGAACUUUAUUCUGCGGGUUCGGGCCCAGAAUGUGGCGGCCGUACCAUUAGCUGCCUUCACCACCGUCUAUGUCAACGUCACAGAUGUUAAUGACAAUGUGCCAUUCUUCACCUCGUCAAUCUAUGAGGCCUCGGUGACUGAAGGAGCAGAGUCAGGAACAUUGGUUUUCCAGGUAUCAGCCAAUGAUAUGGACCUGGGCCUAAAUGGGAAGAUUUCUUACUCGCUGCUGGAGGACCGCAGCGGGGAUCAUCAGUUCUUCAGGAUCGACUCAGAGCUUGGCUUCAUCUACUCGCAGGCUGUGUUUGAUAGAGAAACUAAAAGCUCAUAUCUUUUGGAGGUUCAGUCUGUGGAUGGCUGGGAGUCAGCGCGGCCUGGAAAACAUGGACAACCCAACUCUGACACAGCAUAUGUUCGAGUUUUCAUCAGCGACGUGAACGAUAACAAGCCUGUGUUCGCACAGCCUUCUUAUGAAGUCGAUGUGGAUGAGGACGCUGACGUGGGCUUUGCUAUUCUCACAGUCAGUGCCAAUGAUGGGGACGAAGGUGGAAAUGCCAAGCUUCGCUACCAGAUCACAUCAGGAAACACAGGAGGCGUGUUUGACGUGGAGCCAGAGGUGGGAGCCAUCUUCAUCGCUCAGCCUCUGGACUACGAACUGAACAAAAGAUACAAGCUUCAUGUCUUGGCUUCAGACGGGAAGUGGGAAGAUUACACAACGGUGACGGUGAACGUAGUGAACAAGAAUGACGAGGCCCCCGUGUUCACGGUGAACGAAUACUACGGCAGCGUGACGGAGGAGCUGGAUGGUUCACCAGUCUUUGUCCUGCAGGUGACGGCGUCCGACCCAGAUAAGGAUGCUGACCAGGAGGCCCUGCGGUACUCCCUCCAUGGCCAAGGUGCUGAGAGCGAAUUCAUAAUCGAUGAGGUCACAGGAAAGAUCUACGCCCAGAGGACACUGGACCGCGAGGAGCGUGCUGUUUGGCGCUUUGUCGUCCUGGCAACAGAUGAGGGGGGUGAGGGUCUGACGGGAUUCACCGACGUCAUCAUCAAUGUGUGGGACAUCAAUGACAACGCCCCAGUGUUCCCCUGCGCUCUCAGUUGCCUUGGAGAUGUGGCAGAGAACUCAGCACCCGGGACGUCCGUCAUGGAGAUGACCGCGACCGACUUGGAUGACUCGGCCGUGGGGCAAAACGCUGUGCUGUCCUAUAGGAUUGUGGGUAUUUUAGACUCCACAGACAGUAGACUGGGUGGAGUGCCCACCUCCUCAGACAUGUUCACCAUCAACCCCACCUCAGGAACUAUUUCUGUAGGCGUAGGAGGUCUAGACCGGGAGCAGGUGGAGUCCUACCUGCUGGUUGUGGAGGCCAGAGAUGGAGGAGGGAUGACUGGAACUGGAACCGCAACCAUUCAGAUAACAGACGUAAAUGACCAUGCUCCAAGGUUCCUAGAUCAUUCCUGUCAAGCAAGAAUCUCUGAGAAAUCAGAGCCCAACUCAGAGGUUCUGGAACUCGCUGCUGAGGACCGGGACACUGGGGAAAACGCUCAGCUUACAUUCAGCGUUGUGGCCGGAGAUCAGGAGCAGAAGUUCUACAUGCUGAGUCAGAAGCAGGAGCAGAGAGGAACUCUUAGGUUGAAGAAACGGCUGGACUACGAACGGCACAGCGAGCAGAAGUUCAACCUCACUCUGAAGGUGGAGGACUUGGACUUCUCCAGCUUUCUACACUGCGUGGUCGAGGUGGAGGAUUACAAUGAUCAUGCUCCAGUCUUCAUUCCUCACUUUCUGGCUCUGGCACCGCUGCCUGAGGAUGUAAGCGUGGGAACCAGCGUGGCCCAUUUGGUGGCCAGUGACUCUGACUCUGGCCAGAACCGUGAUAUAGCCUACAGCCUGUCUGAGGACUCAGACCCAGAGGGCCUGUUUACUAUUGACCAGUCCGGUCUGCUCUCUGUGGCCCGGCCCCUUGAUCGAGAGAAGACGGCCCAACAUCUCUUGGUCAUCAUAGCAACAGAUCAUGGCAUCCCGGCUCUUACAGGAAGCGCUACCGUUCAGCUGCCUCUGUUGGAUGUCAAUGACAAUGGCCCAGAGUUUGAGGCAGCCUACUCUCCUGUGGUCUUUGAGAAUGUAGCCGGUCCGCAGGUGGUGAGGUUGAACCAAACCUCCACCGUCCUUCGAGCUGUGGACAGGGACUCUCCUGAGAACGGACCUCCCUUUCGCUUCAGCGUCCCUCCAGAGUACCGCUAUAGUAAUGACUUUUACCUCCAGGAUAACUUGAACGGUUCUGCAACGCUAACAGCUCUCAGGACGUUUGACCGCGAACGGCAGAAAGAGUUCCUGCUUCCUGUGGUCAUGAGUGACAGCGGGCAUCCAGCCAAGACAGUGACCAGCACUCUGACUGUGACCAUUGGGGACCAAAACGAUCACGCUCACUUGGCCGGAGAGAAGCAGAUAUCGAUCAACAGCCACAGAGGCCGUAUGCCAACCACCGUCCUUGGAAAGAUCUACGCUCCCGACCCUGAUGACUGGGAUAAUAAGACCUUUGUGUUUGAGGGACACCUGCCAAGUUACUUCAUCCUGAACAAGCGGACUGGGUUUCUCAUCAUCAAGGAAAACACCCCUCCUGGCACCUACCAGUUCCAGGUCCGCGUGUCAGAUGGAAUUUGGCCUGACGCCGUCUCCACCGUUAGCGUCCACGUCAGAGAGCUGCGAGACGAGGCUAUCUACAACUCAGGGUCCCUUCGCCUGGCAGACAUCACUGCGAAGGAGUUCAUUGAACUGAGGGGGAAGCAGCGCAGCCGUUACGAGCUCUUGGUGGACUUCCUGUCUGAGAUGCUCUCUGUUCCACCUGAUGAAGUUAACAUCUUCAGCCUGAUGGAUGUGAAGGAGCGAAUGCUGGAUGUUCGCUUUGCUGUCAGCGCUGGCCCCUCCUUCCUCCAGCCUGAGAAAAUGCAUGGUUAUCUGGCUGCUCACAAACAAAAGCUCCAGUCCUUCCUGCAGGUCAGCGUGUUCCAGGUGCGGGUGGACGAGUGUCCCGGCUCAGAGUGUGCCGGCACUGGCGGCUGCACCAAUGUUCUGACUGUGCGGGACACGCCCACCGUGGUGGACUGUGGGACGAUGAGCCUGGUUUCCGUGACACUGGAGUCCAGAGCCGUGUGCUCCUGCUCCGGACGGGACCAGUCCCACCAGCCCUGUGCCUCGUAUCCCAGAAACCCUUGCUUCAACGGAGGGGUGUGUGUAGACACUCAGCACGGCUACAGGUCCCAAUUUCUGAUUGCUUCCCAUUAUGUCGGAGCUCAGGGAACACCACACACACUCGGAUAUCUGCCCAAGAUCACCCAACAUGUUCGCUGAAUGGGGAUGGAAGUGGUCCCAGUGUCCUUUAGAGCAGACCUGAUGGCUCUUAGCACACAUGGCAGGAUAUUCUCACCGGAUUAUCUGAGGACCCAUCCCCAUAAUCUGGUUUAAAACUGGAGAGAUUAUCCUACUGUGUGAACCGGGCUUAAGUACCAUCAUUUGUCUCCAUGUUAGGAUGAAAUCCGCCUAGCUGAUUAACUCCAGUUUGAUGUCUAGAUAAUAUCCCAGUUACUAAAAAAAAAACCCUCUCUGCCUAAAAC